UCUAUAGCUGACGUGUUUCAGGCCAAAAACACGAAUCGGAUUUUAGCGACCGUCCCCCUCGCCGAACCAACGUUGCAACAUAGUUUUCACAUAAACUAAAAUGCGAACAAUGCCGACCCCCCAGAGGAGACCAGUCACCGAUUAGGCCACGACACACGCAUUCGUUCAGCAGACAAGCGAGACACUGGAGCGACCACAGAAACAGGAAUAGGCACAGGUUACAGGCUGAAUGAAUUGUAGCUGGAGCUACAAACACUGCGACCAUAACAACAACGGUGCGGAGCGGGACGAGGCAGCGGCAAAGUGCAGCCGUGGCCAGAGAAAGAGCGCUAAGCUGAAGCAACAGAACGACGCGAGACCCAAGUCCACGUAGCGAAUGAGAAGGAGCCCUCAAAAUGGCGAUGCUAACAAUGAUAGCCCGAGUCAUCGAUGGCCUGCCACUGGUGGGCACCAUGCAGGAUGACGAGCAGAGCGGACGAAGCAUCUUGGACUAUCAGAAUCAGGCGAAGAUGCUCUUUCGCAAGCUGGGCACACACUCGCCGGCCAGGAGCAGCAUCGAGACGGGACCGUAUCUAUUCCACUAUCUAAUCGAGAAUGACGUUUGCUACUUGGUCAUGGUCGAUAAAAUGUAUUCCAAGCGACUGGCGUUCAACUACCUGGAGGACCUGGCCCAGGAGUUCCACACCCACUACGGGCGGAGGGUGAACUCGGUGACCCGGCCCUAUGCCUUCAUCGAGUUCGAUGUGUACAUUCAGAAGGCGAAAAGGCAGUUGACGGACCGCAGGCGCAACAUCACCAACAUUAACACACAGCUCCAGGACGUGCAGCGCAUUAUGGUGCAGAACAUCGACGACGUGCUACAACGUGGCACGGUCUUGGCGGACCUCGACACAAAGACCCAGAACCUGUCGCUGAUGUCGCAAAAAUAUAAGAAGGAUGCCAAAUUGCUCAACCGCAAGUCGCUGGUCAUGAAGGUGGCGGCUGUCGGUGUCGUUUUCUUCAUAAUUUUCCUCUACUUCUGGGUUUUGUAAUAUUCGCUAGUUCCCCCGCCCACCCCCACUCUCUGUUUGUGUUUAGUUUUAGAAUCAGUUGUCAGUUAGAUGCCGAAACUGGGGCGGCAGCAACAGCAGCGGCAGGUGGGGCGUGCUCAGUGUCGGGCAGUCUGAACGUCAAAGACGAACGGCCAAAAGACAUUUAGGCUAACACACAUACAUGUACCAGGAUCAUAUGCCACAUACAUAUACAUACAUACAUAUAUAUGCAUGCAUAAUUUAGGGGCAAUAUUUAAACUUGCAAUGGAAUCCAGCAGCUUUUUAUAACUUAAGUUCUAAAUCCUAUUUCCUCGGUCCGUAAACCCCGAAAAUUCAGCCCAAAAUCUAACCCAGCACCCCCGCAACACCCAGUCGCAGUUGCAGUCACAGUUACGGUCAUGGCCAUGGUCAUGGUUUGCACCAUAGUUUACUUGAAUAUUUUUAUUAUGAUUUGAAUUAAAUUUAGUUUGCUCGA